AUGUGGUUAUUAUAUGACUGAAUUAUGAUUUCUGGGAAUGAUUCUAAUGAGCCAUCCAAAAAUCCAGAAACUCUUGCAAAAGCUUCGACGACAAAAAAAUCUCUUUCGUUAGGUUUGUUUAUAAGCAAAGCUAUUCCAAAUAGAAAGAGUCCGAAACCAAUAGGUUCUCCUAUACUAAUAAUUAGACCAAGAAUUAUUUUGGUACAGAGACUUGUAGUGCUUUGUUUGCAGCAGUCUGAUAUGCAUAUUGAAAAUGUACCGAGGCAAAGUGCGAGCAUUGGGGCAAAGAGAAAAAAUACUGAUAAAUAG